AUGCUGGCGCUGCUGGGAAGCCAUCCUUCUAUGAAGGAUGACGACAGCCAGAAAGGAAGGGCCUUCAAUGAUGAGCUGUUUUCCUCACAGCAGCGCGGGGCCGCGCGUGUCCAGGGGCUGGUGCGAGGUGCACCUGCCAUAGCCAUGGUGGCAGCUCUCGGUUUGGCUUCAGAGCUGACACGAGUCAAGCUGCCUGCGAGCCGUCUGGAGCUCGCUGCCUACAUACACAGCCGGCUGGAGUACCUCAAAACAUCACGCCCUACGGCUGUCAACCUGGCAAAUAUGGCUGCCCACUUUGGAAAGAUGGCCGAUACACUCAGCAAGGAAGAAGGGCUGUCUCUGGAAGCCAUGCGCAAUGCCAUCUGCGCUGAGGCAGAAGGCAUGCUGGCUACAGAUGUGGCUGCAAAUCGGGCCAUUGGCCGACAUGGGGCCGAACAUAUGGUGGCAAACUGCCAAGUACCAAAUGUUAGCAAGCUUGGUGUCCUCACUCACUGCAACACGGGCAGUCUGGCCACAGCAGGCUACGGAACUGCACUUGGUGUUGUGCGGCAGCUGUACGAGAGUGGUCAGUUGGAACGUGCAUACUGCACAGAGACACGCCCGUACAACCAGGGCUCCCGCCUGACGGCCUUUGAGCUGCUGCACGACCACAUUCCAGCCACACUCAUCUGUGACAGCAUGGCUGCUGCCCUGAUGGCCACAGGAAGGGUCAAUGCGGUCGUGGUUGGUGCGGACCGGGUCACCGCCAAUGGCGACACAGCCAACAGAUCGAGUUGUUCUCUUUCAGGCACUUACCAGCUGGCUAUCUGUGCCAAGCAUCAUGGUGUGCCAUUUUAUGUGGCCUCGCCUACCACCACUGUGGACAGCAGUCGAGCAACCGGUAGGGAAAUCCCCAUCGAGGAGAGGCCAGCACAGGAGAUGACGUCUAUACAGGGCAUCCAACUGGCACCUGCAGGCAUUGAGUGCUGGAACCCAGCGUUCGACGUCACCCCAGCCGAGCUCAUCACAGGAGGCAUCAUCACCGAGAAGGGCGUCUUCCCAGCAUCGCGGGUGCUUGACAGUCUCGGCGCCUGAAGCGUCUAGGGCACAAUAUGCUUGCUGGUGCCGUCUUGGAUCGAUGCCCUUAAGCCUGUUGCACUUGCUGGCUUGAAAAUAUAAAUGUGGCCAGCUCGUUGGUGCAUUGUUAAAAUGCUCGCAGAAAAAUAAACACACCUCAAGGAGCAUUGUACCGUCCCAU